UUAUAGCAUAAUCUGAGCCUCAUUACCACCCAGUGUCUCUCCCAUAGGUGUAAGCACAGCUCAAGGAGACACGUACUACUGUACAUAGUGAAGACUUCUGCCACUGCCCCUAUGGCGACAAAGUUCCGUAACAGUUAGGACGCAACGAGAGAGAGAGAGAGAGAGAGAGAGAGAGAGAGAGAGAGAGAAUUUUAUAUGCACACACCACACGUUCUAAGAGUGUAACAGAAAAUUCUUUCGCUCUAUUGGUAACAGUGUAUAUCUGGCUGAGAUCUGGUGUCCGAUGACAACUUCCAACCCACACAACCAAAAGGUAUAGGUAAUGGGGCGAUGGGAUGUCUAUACUAUGGUAGUGCCAGAGGAAGAAGAAAGCCUAGUGGCUUGUGCAACGAGGCCGGAGGAUGGGAGGCAUGCACUUGGCAUGGGUUUAAUUAGCAUCAGAGAUGAAGAUAGACACAAAGCUGGUGCCCAUCAAGGCCCACUACUUCUGUUUUCUAGGAUGCAUGUCUCCAAUCUAUCCCUUCCUCCUGGUGGUGGCACUGCAGCUGGGCAUCCCUGUCUCCACCAUGGGCACCCUGGUGGCUGUCUCCAUGCUCUCUGUGAUUCUGAUGAAGCCCAUCAUUGCUGCCAUUGCUGAUGUCUUUCCCUCGUACAGGCGCAGCAUCUUUAUCAUAACGUUGGUGUUGAUGGUGGUCAGCUUUAGCUCCAUUAACUUUGUGGGCCCAAUGCAAGGCAUCCCAAGAGUGCAGGGACAGGUUGUUGGGAGUUUACAGAGCAUUGUUGAUCACCCUGCCACCCCGUCAGUGUCCAUGGUGGUGGAAGAACAGGGGGAUAAGGGUCACAGUGUAGCAAGCUUAAUGCUGGCUGCCAGGGAUAAUGGAGAUGAGUGCUACGUGUCAGUGGCAUGGGACUGUGUGGUGCGCUGUGGGGAGGCCUGGAGCUGUUUCAAUGAAAGCAGUGCAAGUACCUCCUCCUCCUCCUCCAGUCUGUCUGUCACUGUCACUCUUCUCCCACAACAUCCUGAUCUUCAGUUCAGUAGUGAAUGGAAGGAAGCUUUUCCCAUCUCCAAUUUGUCUGCACCAGAGGGAAAACAGGAGUCACCUUCAAGAAUGUACCGCCUGGAGGGAAUGGGAGUGUCUGAGAACAUGCUUCUUGGGAAUUUGAGCCUAGAAUGUGGGAGCGGACGAUGGGAGGGAGCAGGGUGCCCCGGGGUAUGGGAGCACUGGCAGUUUUGGAUGUUUGCAUUGCAGCUCUUCACAGGAAUGGUUGCUUUCAGCACGGCAACCUCAAUAACUGAUGCUGUCAUUGUGGAUACGAUUGGAAAAAAUGGGGACUAUGGCAUUCAGCGAGCCUGGGGCACGGUGGGCUGGGGACUGAUGGGACCAGUGAGUGGCUUGCUGGUGGAUUGGCAGUCAGGUUCCAAUGUCACCAAGAACUACAUGCCAGCCUUCCUCAUUUGUCUUGUUUUAGGUUCCUGUGAUGUAUUAAUCUCAUCCACCACCAUCAAGGUUCCCAAGAUGACAACAGAACGCAAUGUCUUGAAGAAAAUUUGGCCCAUCUUAAGACAUCCUCGAUUCUUUGUAUUCUGCAUCUUUGUCAUCUUCAAUGGAUGCUUUGAUGGAAUGAUUGCCAGCUACCUUUUUAUGAUGCAAGAAGAAAUGGCUGUGGGGACCAGUGCCAUGAACCACAUGAAGUUCCUGCAAGGCAUGACCAUCUUUGUGCAGUGUGGCAUAGAGGCUCCCUUCAUGUUCAUCAACAGCUGGUUUAUGAAGACACUGGGAGCCCAUUAUGUCACAUCGCUGGUCUUCUUCCUCUACAUAUUCCGGUUGUUGGGUCUGGCAGUGGUUGGUGCAUAUGGCCCUGUGUGGGCCACGCUGCUUGUGGAGCUACUUAAUGGACCUUGCUAUGGUCUUGGCUACACUGCUAUAGUAAUCUUUUCCUCAAAAUUGUCUCCACCGGGCAUCAGCACUACUGUCCAGAGCAUAGUGAAUAUAUGUUAUGAAAUUCUGGGGUAUGCAGCAGCCUCCUUUUUUGGUGGACAUCUUUUCUCUAGGAUUGGUGGGCCUGGACUGUACCUAGUAGGAGGCAUCACUGCUCUCAUCAUAUUCUUACUCCAUCUUCUAUCCUUAAAGUUGCUACCUCCACCUGAAGAACAUACUGAAGAAGAGAAGUCACUUGAGAAUCAUCAACCUGGUGAAGAAGAGAAGUUGAGUCCUGAUCCAGAGACAAAAGAACUUCAUGAAAGCAGCACAUUAACUGUCAGGGUUGAAGAGGAACAGGAGACUUCUCAAGUGAAUUAACUCAAUUAAUGAUUGGCAGUGUAUGUGCCAAAGACAGUGCCAAUGCAGACUAAGCAUCUUUUAAGCCACACAAUAGUGUAGUGGUAAGUUACUUAUACUGUGAUCUUUGAGGAACAUGAAUGUUGUGUUGGAGUUAUGUACAGAUGCCAGAUAGUAGAACACUUUACUGCCAACUGCAUAACUACUGACCACAUUCUUGCUAUUGUCUCAGCGAUGUAGGUAAAAAUUAGUCUUGGAAUGUCUUACAGCCUCACAGUAGAUGUAUUAUUUUUGACACCAAGUAUAUACAGUAGCUACCAAACUAAUCCUUUACACCUACAUUGCAUGACCAGCAACAUGUCUUGAUCUUUUUCAUGGAAGUUGUCAUUUGCUUGAUCCUAUCCCGUGGGAUUAAUUUAAUGUAAUAAAUACUACACACUGCUGGGAUUAGGCAGCAAUGUGUGAGUCACCUCAAUUAGCAGUUCAACUGAUUUAUACAGUGUGUUGUCUUUUCAUCUGGACUACUAGACAAAAGGUUAACCACUACUGUUUUGCUUCCUCCUAGUCUCCCACAAUACCCAAAAUUACUUCAAGCAAAGGUGUUUACAAUACACAAGGCUGGCCAUGAUCUCUCAUUUAUAUCCACUCAAAAAGGAGUUAGGGUGAGGACAACACAGCAGUUGGUGCAGUGUUUCAAGGAUGCUACAGUUACACCACUUCCCAACUCAGACAGGCUUGGUAAAAGUUUUUUUCUUUGACUUUCCAUGCUGUCAGCCUUGGUUAUUUAGCAGCCUGUCUAGAGAUAAUUGCAUGGGUCUUUAGAGUGUUCUUAUGAGGUCUGCCAAACUUGGGAAAUGCAGCAGCUUUCCCUCUGUCCUUGAAAAACUGCACAAACUGCUGUGUUGUCCUCAGCCUAAUUCCUGUUUGAGUGGAAAUAAACAAGAGAGUAACCAGCCUUGCAUAAUGUAAGCUCCUCCAUACGUUUCUCCUUGCUUGUAAUCUUUUUUGGACAUACUGAGAGGGUGGGAGGAAGCAAAAUAGCAUAGACUUUGUCUAGCAAUCCAGAUGCUCUUUUUACAUCUAUUGAACAAGUAAAUGAAGGGACUCUCACACUGAUCACCACAGACCAUGGAAGGUUGCCAGUUAGUGUUCCUAAAGCAUCAGAACAUCUAUCCUCCCUGGGAAGGUAGUUGUGUACCUACCUCCUCUAUUUACUGCAACAAGAAAUGUCAGCCAUGUGACAUGAGACUUUCAAGCACUAUAAUGCAUGCUGUGGCAUUGAGCUUGUACUUGUAUACAGGAUGUCCUGGGAGUUGAAAGUAUGUGCUUUGUGAUUUGAUUGUUUAUUUUUACAAUAAAUUAACUUGGAGAAGUUAUGUGCAGCAGGUUCUGCUCCCCAUGGAUAAGCUUCUGCCACCACCCCCCCUUCAUCCUCCCCAACUCGCCAUGUACUGUACAGCCUGGACUAUAUAAGCUGAUCCCUCAAUUUUUGAGGGAAAAAGUUUAGGUUUUACUGCUCUAUAAGAUGACCUUAACAAUGAAGGAAGCUGCUGGUCACAUAGUUGGCCAAAGGGUAAGGGAGUGCAUCCUGAUGAGUCGCGAUAUGAAGGGCUUGUGUGGCCUCGCUUGAUAAAGUUAGUAUCAUGGCAAAAUUCAAUAUCCCUGUUCUGCACAGUUCCAGGUGUUUCUGAGUGCCAAAAUGGCAGGAACAUGCAUUACUAUCUUUUCUUGAUUACUAAUUGUCACAAGUUUAUUGCUGGUGCCUCACUGGGUCCUGGGGAGCUAUAACAUGAUAGGCUUGGGUGGCUAUUUAGGUAUCUUUUCUUUCCCUUUGGUUGUAUAUAAUUGGUGUAUUUACAAAAUCAUUCUAAAUUAUGUUCCACAUCAUCAUUGAGGUAAAAAUCAAGGUGUUUUCUGUAUUAGCAAUUGCUCAUAUACCACAUUUAGAAUGGGGGGGGGAGACCUUAUACAUAAAACAUACCUUGAUUCUUACUUCAAGAGUGAUGUGGAACAAAAGUUAGAUGAUUUUUGAAAUACCAAUUUCUAUAGACAGUGAAUAGAGGGUAAGGAGAUGAAGUGGGAUUGGAGCAUGAAGGCAAACCUGUGAUCUAUGGGAAAGUGGCAAUAGUGGGGGAAUCUGGUGAAGACCACACCCGAUACCUAGAAUGGCCACCCACGCCUAUCAUGUUACAGCUCCCAGGGCCCAGUGAGGUGCUAUCAAGAAAUCUGUGACAAUUAGUAGUCAUCAAGAAAAGAAAGUAAUGCAUGUUCGUGCCACUUCAGAGCUCCAAUUCAUUCACUGGUCACCCAGCUACCCCUUCCCAUUAUGCAGUGAACUCAGUGCUCAUAAAUUGAUUUUUUUGUUUGAAAUGAGACCACAACAUUUUGAGUUACAUCCUGUGCCCACUUGCUACUAGGUGAACAGGUGCUACACAUUAAGAGGCUUACCCAUUUGCCUUGCUGUGCCCAUGAGUCAAACCCGGGCCUUCUCAUUUGUGAGCUGAAUGUGUGAAGUACUACACCACUCUCAGAAACACCUGGAUCUGUGCAGAACAGGGACAGUUUAUUUUGGCGAGGCAACUGACUGCCACGCAAGCCUUUAACAUUAUAAUAGCUAAUCAAUGAUGCACUCCCUUACACUUUGACAACCAUGUGAGCAGUGGCUCCCAGUUGUCUUACAGUCCAGGAUGUACAGUACAUAGUGACCUGGGGAGGGAAGAAGAGGAGGUAGAUGCCUACAGAGGAGGAGGAGUUGAACCUGCUACACAAAAUUUCUAGGUUAAUUUCUUGAAAAAAUAAAGCAAAACAUGGAUAAUCUUUGAGUAUUUUUGACUUAGAAUUACUUUAGCUAUUGUCCUAAAGCAUGUACUCAUGGGACACCCUGCAUUAAUAAGCCAUUUAAUGGUGUUUAACAUAUACUGGUUUCAGAACUUGCAUGUCCACUUGGAGCCAACAUUGUAUCUGUGUGCAGUAAAUGGAGAAGGCUCACAACUACCUUCUUGGGAAGACAAGAUGUUCUGAUGCUUUUGGAACAUUAACUGGCAACAGUGUGUAAAUCACCUCAGUUAGCUGUUCAGUUGAUAUAGAGAAAGAGCAUGGUUUGGAAACAAAUGGCCUUUUGUUUUUCCUUGCUUGUAGUCAUAUUAGGAGGAAGCAUAAUAGUAGUAGCACAGUUAGCCUUUGUCUGGCACACCAGAUGAAAAGACCCCACUCUCUUCAUAUCAGUUGAACAGCUGUUUGAGCUAUUCAGCAGCUGAGCUAACUCACACACUGUUGCUUGAUCCAAGCACAGCAUAGAAGGUUGCGUUAAAGAAUCAGAAUAUUCAGCCUCCGUGGGAAGGUAGCUGUGACACUACGACACUCUGUUUACUGUGAAAAGAAAUGAUGUCAACCACGUUAUAUCAGUAGUACUCUGUACAUAAUGUUGAUACAGGUUCUGAAAUCAACAUCUAAUACCAUUAAAUAAACUGGUCUAUCACCUGUAUUAUGUGGGCUAUGGUAUAUAAUAUGAGUACAAGCUUAAAGCAACUUCCACCUAUAAUUGCUGUAUCAAGGUAGUUAUUGCUGAACUUUCUAUUGUAGCCACAAUUUUUGGAUUGUACAUCUAUCUGUAAAUGGCCUGGGCUUGUCAACACUGAUAUACAAUGUAUCUGUAAAAUCAUGAUAUUAGACAGAUAUUAAUGAAAUAAAUACCAGUUUAAAAAAAAAUCUCUUGCUGCCUUGCCAUGUUGUUUUGAACAAUGGGAAUAUUUAUGCAAGAUUUACAAAAGGAGAGAAUUAAUUAACUGAUGUUUGCAUGUCUGGGAAUGAAAUCCUCAGUAACAGAUAAUUUAAUGAAGAGAAAUUAGUAUGACUUUCUGUGCUACAAAGGAGUGUAAGGGGGUUCUUUGAAAUUAUUUAAGUGGUUAGUAGGUCUGGGUGUACUGCCUUAUUUGAAAAAUGUAUGAUUUGGAUACAAAUCCUGUUCAAAGUGAAUCUGAGUUUUCAUGUUCCUCCACAAAAUGUUAAAGUUAUGCUGUUUAUGUAACGAGGAAGAGAGCGAGACCAGUCUGCCGCCACUCAUGGUGUGGAGUUGGGCAGGGUAAAUCCACACUGCCCACCAGCUGCUCCCGCUUGAUGGAGGCAUACACUGGCACUGAGAGCAGCUCUUCGUGAUAUACUCGCACUGGUUGGUCCUGAGGAAAGACAAGGUUCAAUCAGCAAUGUUGCAAUCAUACAAGAUUGGACUGAUCAAUGUAGUAUUCACAGAAAUUAAACAGAUGGUGCAAAAUUCUGAUCAUAGGUUAGAAAUUCACCAAUAAAAAAAAUCAUAUACAAAGAA